GAGAUUUUGCACACCGCACAAAACCCACCGCUACGGUCACAUGGGGAAGCAUAUGAAUCUCCCGCGCCUGCUCAAUUGAGCCCUAGAAAAACCUCAAUCACGCCUGAUUCUGCCCUUUUCCUUGGAUUAGUCUCCCGAUUGCUUAUAUCGACGAUCGUCGAUUUCGGCCGCUAACGACCAACAGAAUUCAAGGAAGAUGGCAAUAAAAAAGUACAAGAAACAAUGUGAAACUGAACAGGUAACAAGGAGGAAAAAGAAUGUGGACUUUUUCUCUUUUCUUCCUGAUGAUCUCCUUUUGGAGAUCCUUACAAAGCUUCCAGCUGAUAUGCUUCGUUAUAAGUUUAGAUUUGUCUGCAGACGGUGGUCCAAUCUAAUUACUAACAGGAUCUUGUUAGACCAUGCUUCUUUGAUUCUCGAGAAGCCAACCGGAAGUGACACAGUUCGUCUCAUAGACAUAAGGGAAGAAAAACAAGGGCUUAAAAUGAACGAGCAAUACCUUGACAUAGCGUAUAGUGGCCGUAUAAGAUCUUGGUGUAACGAAUUCCUCCUGAUAACAGAUCUUGAGAGAGUAGGAUAUCUGUACAUAUUCAAUUUGAUCACCAAGAAAGGAUUAUUUCUUCCAGAAUGUUCUACUUGUUGUGGAGGGCAUUAUGGUUGCAAAUGUGGAGUGGGUCUUUCCUAUGAUGAAUUCAGAGGAGUGUACAAGGUUGUUCAUGUUUUUAUAGGCCCGCCAAUCCAAUGUGAGCUUCUCGUCUUGAAAAGUAAUAUUAUAUCUUGUGAUUCCGCAAAAUGGAAAAAAAUUAACGGGCCUUCUUAUAUGGGUCUAAGGCGGUAUUAUUGGGAAGAUCCCGUUUCUGUUCAAGGCAGAUACUUUCAUUGGGAUGUUCAUUGUUCCAAGUAUUUGGUUUCUAUGGACACAGUGAAAGAGAGAUUUCGCCAAACUUGCCUACCGGGAUCUGAUGAUUAUCCUAUGAACAACCGAUAUUCUCUUGUUGAAAUGGGUGGUUUCCUCGCCCUCCUUCAUAAAGUAUCUGCAGAUAAAGUUCAUGUAUGGAUGCUCAAAGAUUUCCRGAGGACAAAGUGGGAAAAGUUUCAGUCGAUAAGCGUUUCAAGCUAUGUGGGCUCAAGCAUUUAUCCUGGUAGCRUUCUUCCGCUUCCUGUUACUAGCGUUAAAAGCAAACGAUAUCUUAUCUUUAGAAAACCCGGAUCUGCAACGGCUCUAUAUAGUUAUGAUCUGAAGGAUCAACGGAUGAAAAAGCUAGACAUCGAGAUUGCAGGUGAUGAACGUUGUGUGGUUCACUCGACAGCAGCAAGUUGUUGAUAACCGAGGUAGAAAUGCAGCUUAUACUACCAAAAUCUGAAACAUCUUUUAGGGCUUUUUGAUUGAAGUAAAAUGCUAGCGGCAUAAUGUUUGAUCUUGGAAACAAUUAUAGAUUUGAUUUUAUGCUGUUUAGAUUUGUGAUUUUUCCGGUGGAUCCCCGUUCAUAAUGCUAUCAGCUUGGCUCCGUUUCUUCUUCUCGAUCGUUCUUCAAGAUUCUUCCAAUUAGUGUCGGUUCGAGACGUGUGUCAAAAAAGGUAUCAUUUUGAUCACUUUAUCGCUUAUUCACAUGUAAGGAGACACCUUUAGGGGCUGUUUGGUUGUUUUUCAUUAAGUCUUGUAUGGAUAAAGCUGUCUAUG